CAAUGGUUUACUUAGCAACUCACAGGAAAAGGGUGAAGGAAACAAAUCAGCCUACGGUUCAGUUGGAAAAUCUUAUUGAAAAGCAACCAGAAUUAGCACAGAAUAGUGAGGGGAGAGUUGCAUGGGAAGGAGAUGCACUGCAUCAAGUAUUGGGAAAGGAGAAACCUGGACAAGUACAUGGAAUGGGAUUGCUUCCAAUUCCUAAACAAGUUUACCGCAGAACAACACGUUGUUUCAAGGAUAUUAAUAUAGCUACACUGCAUGGUUCAUCAUCUGAUGUAGAGGCUCAUAUGUUGGAGGAAAUAAAGCAACUCAAGGAGCAUUCAAGAAGACAAGAUAAAGUUAUUGAUGAACUUAUAAACAAGAAUAUGCACCAUGAGAGUGAAGAACCAACAAAGGCUGACCACGACAAAUUUCAGAAUCAUGUAGUGUCUUCCAAUAGAAAGUGUCAAGGUGAUGCAAAUCACUUAGAUUUCUCAGAUCAAGAAGCACAGCCAUCAUCCCCACAAUGCUCUACUAAUGAUUUUAGACAAAAAGAGGUUGGUGUGCGUACACAUCCUUCAAGUGAUGCUAGAAUAAAUAGGAAAAGAAAGGAACAACAAGGAGCACUCCAAGAUAAUGCUACAAGACAGAAGUGUUCCAAAUAUACACGACCUCAGCGAAUUAAGGAUGGAACCACAGUGAUACUUAAGUCUGCAAGUUAUCCAAAUAAGGCAAUCGUGGCCUAUGCAACCAUUUUUAGCUCUAGUCCAAAAGCAAAUGUUGGUGGAGUUGAGAUAGGAAAGCAAUUCUACAAAGUGUGUAUCAAUCAUCCUAUUAUACAAGAUGAGCCAUUAGUAAGGCCCACAAGUGAAUACAAGAAAAUUGGUGAUGCCCAUGCCAAAGGAGCACUGAUUGCUUGGCCUUUGAUUUGUGUUGAAAUGAUCAAUGGAUGAAUAUAUGUACUUGGAUAUGCACACACACAUGGACCGUGAAGACAAGAAUUUCAAGAAUACUGCUUAUUUUUUGCAUUUCAUUUCUUGUACCAAAAAUUUGUAAAUAUUUUCUCUUCUUAAUCAUAUCAUUGUGUAAAUAUACUUUACAUUAUGUGAACAAAGACUAUGUUACAUUCCUACAAUCAAUGCA